AUGGGGCGAGAGCUUGCUCUGGAGGUUCAUCUUGCCAAUGGCGGUGCACUCCACUUGCAGGAUGGUCUUCGGGAGGCUGAGCCAAACGCCGCACACCUCGCUCUGUUUGAGCUUGAGCAGAUGGGCAAACUUCAUACUGUCAUUACGCAGAAUAUCGACUCGCUCCACCAGAGGGCAGGGUCAAAAAACGUCAUCGAGAUCCACGGCACAAUGGCAACUGCCACCUGCAUGUCUUCCGGCAAGCAGGUGACCCAAGCAGAGAUCCUGCGCCAGUGGGUUGCCGCACGGGAAGGCAAGCCCGACAGUAGCUUGCGAGCAGAUAUUGCCACGGACAAGUGGGUGCCAAGACAUGUAGAGACAGGGGGCGUGCUCAAGCCGGAUGUGACGAUGUUCGGCGAGGCCCUGCCCGCAGGCGCUCUGGGGCGUUCCUGGACAGCAGUCUUGAGCUCCCCGGUUUGUCUUGUUGUGGGGACUGGCCUGAACGUGAUGCCGGCCAACAUGGUGCCAGGUCUGGUCAAGUGGCGAUGGGGCACGCUCAUCGUGCUGAAUCUUGACCACUCGGGAUCAUCUAGCGCUGACAUUUUCCUGCAAGGAAGAGCUGGAGAGGUGUUACCCCGUUUAGUGGAAGCAGUGAGACAGCGGAUGCAGUCUUGA